AUGGCUGCAUCAUACCCGCGCCCAGACUUCCAACGCAAAGCCCUGAACUGGGCCUCCCUUGACGGAACAUGGGACUUCAUCUUCGACGACCACGACGCAGGUCUCGCACAACAGUGGCAUUUAAAGGGGAUUCCCUCGCAAGCCGACAAUACACAGAAGCGAGAUAUCAAAGUUCCUUACGCUUUCCAAACCCCCGCCUCCGGGAUUAACCUCUACGAAGCUCAUGAGGUGAUGUGGUAUGAGCGGAUCAUCAGCGACAUUCGUACUGCCGAAGAGCAGGCCACCGGCAACAGGCUGAUCGUUCGUUUCGGAGCCGUUGAUUACGAGUGCUCCGUCUGGCUCGAUGGCAAAUAUGUUGGCGGUCAUCGUGGCGGUCAUGUCCCCUUCGACCUGGACGUUUCAGAUGCCUUCGCAGACGGCGUGAAGACUUCUCGAUUGACGCUCCGUGUCCGUGAUAGUCCUUAUGACCUAGCCCAGCCGCGUGGUAAGCAAUUCUGGGGCCCGGUCCCGGAGAGCAUCUUCUAUACUCCGACCGGUGGGAUCUGGCUUUCUGUUUGGGUGGAAAGUGUCCCGCCGAUGAGGCUGGCUUGUGGUAGCGGAGGUACCGUACUGAGGUCCAAUGACAUCGAAACCGGCGAGCUUCACGCUCAAGUUGCAGUUUCUGGUCGCCUGGCUCGGGCGGAGUGCAGCGUUGAAAUCGAGGUCAGUUUGGGUGGGAGCCCAGUGGGGAAGAAGAGGGCUGCGCUCAAGCCGGAGCGAGACUGGGUUGGCAUUGAUCUGGGUAUGAAGGUGCCCAAUGCUGCAGAUCUGGAGAAGAAAGAGCCGUUCAACGUCGACGGCUGUUGGCAUGAUGGAGUGGCGCUGUGGUCGCCUGAGCAUCCGAUUCUCUAUGACCUGGUGCUGCGCCUGUACGAUGCUUCAGGGAAGGUCGUUGAUGAGGUCGAAACGACGACCGGAAUGCGCAGCCUGUCGUGGCAGAAUGGCGAUGGGACAUUCCGGCUGAACGGAAAGCCUUACUUCCAGAUGAUGUUCCUGGACCAGGGAUAUUGGCCAGACACGGGCCUAACACCUCCGUCAUCCGAAGCACUGAAGCUUGAUAUUCAGAUGUCCAAGGAUCUGGGAUUCAAUGGAUGUCGUAAACACCAGAAGGUCGAGGAUCCCCGAUUCCACUACUGGGCCGAUCGCCUUGGGUUCAUCGUUUGGGGCGAAAUGGCCAAUGCCUAUGAGUUCGGACCCGACUACAUCGACCGAAUGAAUAGCGAGUGGACCGAGGCCGUGAAGAGAGAUAUCAAUCACCCGUGCGUCAUUACCUGGACUCCUGUCAACGAGAGCUGGGCCUAUACAUCGUUGAAGGACAACAUCGAGCAGCGAAACCAUAUCCGCUCGCUGUACUACUUGACCAAGUCUUUGGACCCUAGCCGACCUAUCAAUGACAACUGCGGCUGGGAACACGUUCUCACAGAUCUCACCACUUACCAUGACUACACUGACUCCCCAGAACUGACAAAAACUUGCUCCAAGAUGGAAGGCGGCAUCCUGGGACCAAAAGGUGGUCACGACAUGUUCACAAAGCCUAUCUACUCAGGCUUCUCGGGACACACCCUCCUCGACCCCGGCGCCCAGCAUAAAGCCGGCGCACCAGUCAUCUGCACCGAGUUCGGCGGUGUCAACAUUGCACCGGCGAAGGAUGCUAAAGCUGGUGAGCGAGACUGGGGAUAUACGACCGCCACCGACAUUGAAGAUUUCUUGAAGCGGUACGAAAAAUUGGUCAUGGGUAUCGUGAAGGGUGGACAUUCUUGUGGUCUGGUCUAUACGCAACUGUGCGAUAUCGAACAAGAGGUCAACGGUCUUUACUCGUAUGACCGAAAGGAAAAGGUCCCGGUUGCUAGGAUCAAGGCUAUCAUGGAUGCUGCGAGAGAUCACUAUUAUGAUCAUGUUCAAGCCCACGGAUCGAAGGGUCUUAAGAAGCUUUUGCAUUCCCUGCAUCGUUCUUAG